AUGGAAAAUUUGCUUAGGGAAAAAGGGAUGUGGCAUCUAAUCAAAAAAAAUGUUGAAGAACAUGCAGUGACAGACCGUCUUAGCGAAACUCAAAUUGAAGAACUAAAGAACAAGGAUUGCAAAGUGAAAUACUUACUCUUCCUAGCAAUCGACAAAGUUACUUUUCAACAAAUUUUAGACCGCAAUUCAGCUAAGAUUGUUUGGGAGUCUCUUAAAAUCAAAUUUGGGGGCAACGAGAGGGUCAAGAGAUCUCUGCUCAACACUAUAAGAUGCAAAUUUGAAAUCCUGAAGAUGAAGAAGAGUGAAACGAUCAAGGAGUAUUUCGCGAGGAUUACGGCUAUAACAAACCAGAUGAGAAGCAAUGGAGAAACAAUGUCGGACACCAUUAUCGUAGAAAAAAUCUUGAGAACCUUGACUAAAAAGUUUAUCUAUGUUGUGUUUGCAAUAGAAGAGGUAAGAAAUGUCAGAACCAUGUCAGUCGAUGAACUACAAAGCUUGGUUGUACACGAGCAGAAAUUCAAGCCCAUCGAAAAUGAAGAAUAUCAAGCCUUAAAAAUAUAUGUUUCUAUUAAUGGAAGAGGAAGAGACAGAGACAAAGAGAUGAAUAGAGAAAGAGUCGGAAGAGGAAGGGCAUUUGACAAGUCACAGGAUGAAGAAGAAGUCCUACUUAUGACUAAUGUUGAAUCAGAGGUUACAAUAGCAGCUCCACCAAAAGUAUACACUUGGAUACCAAGUUCAAUCACUCUGUUAAAAAUGGGAAAUGGCAUGAAAAUUGAUAUAUUGAGAAAAGAAAAAAGUAAUGAACAGAUGAUUGAUGUCUUCAAAGAAGCUAUGAUGCAAGAUUUUGAGAUGACAGACCUUGGAUGA